GUGCAUGUUUGGAGAAGCAUCCUGUUGUUUUUGGAAGCGACGCUAAUUUUUUGGUGGUUGAGGUGAAUAGGUAGAAUCAACCAUGGGCACAAUGUUGGUACGACGGCAUUCCACGACCACCGAUACGAUAAAUCAAACGCCUCCACACCCCUUUUGCCCUUACCGUAGCUAAGAGGCUUUUUAUCAUGGUCUGAUAUCAGAGGACUAGUAUUUAGGUUGAGACCGGGGCAGUUUAGGGUUUUCAGCCCAGGUACCAAGAGAUCGCGAGAAAAAAAAAUCGAAAAAGAUCAGUGUGUGGAUCUGACCCUGAGGAUGUCCGUGUCUCCGCCCCGCCCAUGGAAAUGUCGGUACCCAAGUAGGGAUGCAAGAGCUCCUGAGGUUAUCGUUGAUCACGAGAUCCGUCCUCCUCUUCCGUGCUGCUCAGACCCCACCAAAGGGGGACCAACCGUCUACGAUAACUUACCGUUCGCUCACAGCACAAAUGGCGCCGUACCCUACGGUACAGUAUCGUCCCAGUUUUCUCGUGGGUUUACCGGGCCAGCAACGGAGAACAUGAGCCAAAGACAAGAGAGCAACGAGGCCAUACCGGUGCAGGGGAAAGAAAUAGCAGCCCGUCUAUUGUUCUCAAGAGUCAACGGGCUUCACUCACACCGGCGUAUGAUUGAUGCUCAUUUCCGACAGACAUAGCCUACGUACGGGCCUUGUCCUUGCUGCCUGAUGCGGCAAAUUUUUAUCCGCCAAUCUAUUAAAUCAAUAUGGGCCGGCCCUGAGACUGAGGUACUUAUAAAGGUACCGGAACGCAAUUAUCAAUGUUUGCCUCAUGCAAUGAUAAGACUAAACUUGUGUAGCAGUGCAGUACCGUACUGCAACUAAAAUUUGUUUCCACAGGAGAGCUGAGCCAUCCCUCGUCCCUGAUGUUUCACCAAGGAUUUAGAUCCCUGAUAGUAGGGCACGCGGAGAGAGAAAGGGAGAGGCAAGCUCCCCGGCCGAUACCUAACUCCACCCACCCGAGCGGCGUCCGGGUCAUGGAACUCAGACCUUCCGAUCGAUUUCUCGCAGAAUUUCAAAAGCGGCACACCGCAGCACCCAGUCCGGCCAAAUCUAAACGCUGCUUGAUCGAGUAUCGAGCUCAAUACCGUACUCGUACACAUUCCUUUUGGACGCGAUAAAAAUGAGUGAAGCAAGUUACAGUAUCAUAGUGGUGUGCAGCCAGGAUGGUUUUCGAUUUACUUUUUCCUCCCACCCCUGGAGGCGAUGCGAGCCUCUGAUAAGUUGGGGCCCAAGAUAGCUGGGCAUACCGGCAUUUGUGAUGGCUAUGAAAUUAUUCAGCUGCACACGUCUCUUCAUUCUUCCAGCGAGCGGAUUGGCAUGCGAGAAUGAGCACAAACUUUGAAGGUUGGGCUACUGUAUUCUGAAGGUGUCGUGGCCGCGGAGAGUUCAUCUAGCGUUAGUUCGUCUCGUGUAUGCGUGCAAGUGGAAUGCUCCACAACGAGUGCGUGCGCUCACGCGAGUAGUGGUGUGUAAGAGUACCGGUACUCGAGUGGUGAGCCUACGAUAAUGCGAAGGGAAGGAGGGUUCAAGAUCCUUUGUCCGUUUGGUGAGGAUCAGGCCGUUUUGAACCUAUUUCGUAAUUGAACCACUCGUGGUGCCCAUGUGUUCCUCCGGAGUGAACAGCGCUUCCGCCAUUCCAGCUACUUGGCACCGGUAUCGGGAGCUCAAGGAAGGGGUGCUUGCACAUCACUUAAAGAAGCUUUAGACCUCGGACGGCGUGGCUGUCCUCCACUCACACAGACCUCCAUGUUCAUCAAUGACAGUGGUGGCCCACGACAACGAAGGAAGGAACGUUUCUUGGAGGCUAAAGCACUGAAUCUUGACAAUCAUCCUUGGCUCGAGCUCCGAUAGCCGAAGCGCAAUGACCAACAAGAUGGGAGCGAUAGCAUGAUUUGGGUAGGUGGCGGCGAUGUGGCAAUGAACCAAUCCGGCACGCUACGAGCACUCGUACCAUACGGUAAGCAUCAUUUACCGGUAUGACACCGGUAGAGGAAGCAGAGUCGGAAAAAAACAAAACAGAAAAACAAUGGGUGAAACCCACAUGACCAUAGGAUAAGGGAACAUGGAGCUGUGAGUGGGUGAGAAACGAGAAGCGUACCAUCAUAUUGUCACACAUUUUUGCCGGCGCCAAAGUACCGGCCCUACAAUGCGAGCGUUAGGUUCACCCUAAAAUCUGGUUCCAAUCAGACGGACGAACGUGAUCCAUUCCAAGUGUCUUUUUAUGGAAAGCUACGCGGGUGGGCGAGAAGGACCACACAAAACAUUGAGACCGGAAGAAAAGCAAAUAUCACAAUACCGGCAACAGCCCCAAGGAUUUAAGUCUGGACCAGGAGGGGAGGUAAAAAGAGGUAAAACGGAAAUAACAAUAAUAAUAAAUAUAAUAUAUGCAAGCUUAUGGUGGCAUGGCGGAGCCAUGAUGAUGAUAUUAUUGGAGCAUAAGAAUCAAAGGUAGGUCAAUAAAGGCAGUAUUGCUUUUGUAGUUAGUAUUUCUAAAGAGGGGAAAUUUUUCGAGUUGCAUGAGCAAUGGGGAGGGUCAUCCAUUAAUCUAUCCAAAAUAUGGAUUUUUUGUUUU